AUGGAGCGGGUGAACGAGGCGGCCGCCGCCGCCAGCAACCCUUGCGGCGCGACCCCGCCGAGCUGCUACACCUACCAGGUGAGCCGGCACAGCGCCGACCUGCUGCACAGCCUGAACCAGCAGCGCAAGAACGGCGGGCGCUUCUGCGACGUGCUGCUGCGCGUGGGCGACGAGAGCUUCCCGGCGCACCGGGCCGUGCUGGCCGCCUGCAGCGAGUACUUCGAGUCGGUCUUCAGCGCGCAGGGGCUGGGCGGCGAGGGCGCCGGGGCGCCGGAGGGGGGCGCCGGCGAGGCGGGGGGCGGCCCCGGUGGGGGGCCCGGUCCUGGCGGCGGCGGGGCACGCGAGCUGGAGAUGCACACUAUCAGCUCCAAGGUCUUCGGGGACAUCCUGGACUUCGCCUACACGUCGCGCAUCGUGGUGCGACUGGAGAGCUUCCCGGAGCUGAUGACGGCCGCCAAGUUCCUGCUGAUGCGCUCCGUGAUCGACAUCUGCCAGGAGGUCAUCAAGCAGUCCAACGUGCAGAUCCUGGUGCCGCCCGCCGCCCGCCCCGACGUCAUGCUCUUCCGCCCCGGCGCCGCAUCCGCCGCCGAGCUGGGCUUCCCGCUGGACAUGACCAACGGCGCCGGCCUGGCGCCCAACGGCAACGGGAUCGCCGGCAUGCCCGAGGACGAGGCCACGCGGGCGGUGCUCUCGGCCGCCGCCCAGGCCUCGCUGCCCGUGCUGCAGGGCGUGGACCGGCUGCCCAUGGUGGCCGGGCCCCUCUCGCCGCCCCUGCUGGCCUCGCCCUUCCAGAGCGUGGGCGGCGCCGGCCCCUCGCUGGGCAGCAAGCGCGGCCGGGGGCGCCCCCGCAAGGCCAACCUCCUGGACUCGGUGAUGUUCAGCGCCCCGGGAGGGCUCCGCGACGCCGGCAUCCUGCCCUGCGGCCUCUGCGGGAAGGUCUUCACUGACGCCAACCGGCUCCGGCAGCACGAAGCGCAGCACGGGGUGACCAGCCUGCAGCUGGGCUACAUCGACCUGCCCCCGCCGCGGCUGAGCGAGAACGGCCUGCCCGGCCUGGAGGACCCCGAGGCGCCCCGCAAGCGCAGCCGGACGAGGAAGCAGGUGGCCUGCGAGAUCUGCGGCAAGAUCUUCCGGGAUGUUUACCACCUGAACCGGCACAAGCUGUCCCAUUCCGGCGAGAAGCCCUACUCGUGCCCCGUCUGCGGCCUCCGCUUCAAGAGGAAAGACCGCAUGUCCUACCACGUCCGCUCCCAUGACGGUUCGGUGGGGAAGCCUUACAUUUGCCAGAGCUGUGGAAAAGGUUUCUCUAGGCCUGACCACCUGAAUGGGCAUAUCAAGCAGGUGCACACAUCAGAGAGGCCUCACAAAUGUCAGCAGGAAAAUUCCAGCUUCCAGGGGAUAAACUCAGAGACCUCUACAUCCAUAGAACAGUUGAAACUUCAAGAGACCUGCAACGCUUCCUUUGCCACCCGGGACCGGCUGCGCUCUCACCUGGCUUGCCACGAAGACAAAGUUCCCUGCCAGGUCUGCGGGAAGUACUUGCGGGCCGCGUACAUGGCGGAUCACUUGAAGAAACACAGCGAAGGACCAAGCAACUUCUGCACCAUCUGCAACAGAGGUUUCUCCUCUGCCUCCUACUUAAAGGUCCAUGUUAAAACCCACCACGGUGUUCCCCUUCCCCAGGUCUCCAGGCACCCGGAGCCCAUUCCGAAUGGGGGAGCGGCGUUCCACAGCGUCAGGACCUAUGGCAUCAAAGGCAAGCGACCCCUCCCCCGAUCUCGGCCUAGGACUCUGGUGUGUGUGGGGGGGACAGAAGGCCAGAAAUGCUCACAUUCGGACCAGAUUGAGAGUUCAGAUUCCUACGGAGACCUCUCUGACGCCAGCGACCUCAAGACGCCCGAAAAACAGAAUGCCAACGGUUCCUUCUCCUGUGACAUGGUGGUCACCAAAAACAAAUUGGAGUCAGAGGGGGAUAAGAAGUACCCCUGCCCCGAAUGUGGCAGCUUUUUCAGAUCCAAGUCCUAUCUCAACAAACACAUACAGAAAGUUCAUGUCCGCUCCUUGGGGGCCCCCCUGGGGGACUUGGCCUCUGCCUUGGGGUCCCCUUUUUCCCCCCAACAGAACAUGUCUCUCCUGGAGUCCUUUGGGUUUCAGAUUGUGCAGUCCGCAUUUGCCUCGUCUCUGGUGGAUCCAGAAGCUGACCAGCAACCGAUGGGGCCAGACGCUAAGUGAGGCGCCUUGGCUCUUAAGAAGCAGCAGCAGCAGUCAGUGUUUAUUUUCUAGAGAAGGUGGCUGUGAGGUGCAGUUUUAGAGUGGGGAGAGGUUGACUUAAAUUCCCUUGAGGUGCCCCCCUCCCCCUCUUUCUUUUUUCUCCAAGCCCUUCCCCGGAUGGAGACAGUUUUCAUCUAAGCAUCUGCAGAGUCCCUGUAGGAGGGUGGAGAUGGAGGGGAUGGGAGAUCUUGAGCAGAAGGCUGGCAGAGCCCUGGCUUGGAGAUCCUGUGAACAAAAGAGAUACCCCAAAGCUGGAUCCAGAAUUUGGAGAUGUCCCGCUUCAGCUGGCAAAGAGCCCGGCGCUCUGUCCUUCGGCCUUCCUCUCUGCUCAGGAUUCACAUCUUCUCAACCAUCACAUUCCCCCUCCCCUCCCUGUGGCACCCAGUAGUUAGCAUGGCUGUUUCCUUGGAAAAGAAAAUCCACGGGAGGCCAGCUUCUCAAAGCCAGCCAUCGUUUUCCUUUCAAGAAGACAGGGCAGUUGGCAAGAAGCAGAGAGAUGCCCCAAGGAGGAGAUGCUACCAGAUUCCUGAGCUGACCAGAAGGCUGUCUGAGACCCCCCGGCGGGCAUAGCAGUGGCUUCCCGGAGGACCUUGUGCAGGGACGCCUCAGUUGUGUGGUUGGCUUGUUUUUCUGACCCUCAAUACUCAGCCAUUGUUUCCUGUCUCUUUCUCUCUCUCUCUUAUAAUUAUGGUUAUUAUUAUUAUUACAUUUAUGAUUUUAGGACCUGUUGUAGUGAUUUGCUACUGAAAUGCCUUCCAGGGCAAUUAUACAGAAAGCUCUUAAAGCAGCAGUCAUGUUAGGAUAGGAUUAAUUUUUUUUAGAUGUAUCAUAAUUAAAACCUUGCCUAGUUGAUUGUUUUUAAGUCUACGGGAUAAUAUAGUUAUGCAAAGGGAAAGACAGUUGGGGGUGGGAGAAAUAAGCUUAAACUUUAAAAGAAGGUAAGAGGGCACUCUUGGUUGGUUGAUGCAUAAAGACCUCCAGAUGUUUAACAUUUUCAAUUAGAUGAUAAUGUUUUUUUGUACCACCAACCUCCUGUGCAAAUAAAUAGAGAGUUCACAGAGUGAUUUCAAAGCAGAAAAUAAUUAUUGGAUUGGACUGCAUUAAAGAAGUUAGAAUGUUACUUUUUAAA